AUGGAUACUGCUAAGCAUUCACAAAUUUCGAAUAAAUCCCAUAAAAAAAACAGCGCUUCAUUAAAACUAAUAUCGAAAAUUGUUGGAAUUACACUUAUCGUUCUUGCUUUUUUUUACUCCAAUGACCAUAAUGAAGGAAUAAAUGAAAAUGCAGUGCGAAAUGCAAGGUGUUUAGUCGAAUAUAUACCAACCAUUUCGAGUCCGAAUUCAAAUGUGUACCAUUUCAGUAAAAAUGAAUAUCAAGAAAGGGAGGGAACUAGAAAUAGUUAUAGUACUUGGACAAGCGGCGAAACAUCAUAUAAUGGACAUUAUUCUGAAUAUCAAAGUCCUGACGCACUUACAAAUAAUGUAAAGACACAAUUCAAAAACAUUGUCGGUGUGUUAAAGGCUAACUACUACUAUUUGGUUCCUGCUAUUAUAGCCUUUUAUUUAGUUUUGCAACGUCUGGGACCCGACAGCACUUUAUUGUUAACAGCAAUUAUAGGUAUAUUGUAUUAUAUUUAUAUAAAUUCUGCGCCAGACCAGCAGCAACAGCAACAACAACAACAACAACACCAACCAUAA